UGUGUAGAAGAUUCUGUUUCCGGUGCCGCUGUCAGUAGUUAUGAGGUCGUCGCUGAUGCUCCGAGCUGUUCGCUACCUGUGGGCACGUGGAGCCCUCCUUAGGCCCCCCAGCCGGCCCGUGAGCUCUGGCAGCCCUCAGCUGGAGGAGCUCUUCGCCAGCGGCGGGGCCAUGAGGAGUUUCCUGGAACGCCUGGCGGGACCCGGGGUUCAGGGGCCGGAGUUGGCCAUGGCGGCCCAGAGGCUGAGGGAGAAGGAGCAGGAACUGCGGGAGACGGAGCGGCUGCUGGAGGAUGAGAAUGAAGACCUAAGGAAACUUGCAGAAAAGGAAAUACUUUCUUGUCAGAAAGAAUUAACUAAAUUGAAGCAAAAGAUAAUCUUACUCUUGAUUCCCUCAGAAGAAACAGAUGAAAAUGACCUAAUCUUGGAAUUAACUUCUGGAGUUGGGGGUCAGGAAGCCAUGUUGUUUACUGCAGAGAUGUUUGAUAUGUACCAGCGAUAUGCUACAUAUAAAAAAUGGCAUUUUGAAAUACUGGAAUAUUUUCCCAGUGAAAUAGGUGGCCUAAGACAUGCAUCUGCCAGCAUUGGGGGACCAGAAGCUUAUAGGCACAUGAAGUUUGAAGGGGGUGUACAUCGAGUACAACGAGUGCCAAAGACUGAAAAGCAAGGCCGGAUGCACACCAGCACAAUGACUGUAGCAGUAUUGCCCCAGCCUACUGAAAUUAACCUGGUAAUCAAUCGUAAAGAUUUACGAAUUGAAACUAAGCGAGCUAGUGGAGCUGGGGGUCAGCAUGUAAACACUACUGACAGUGCUGUCCGAAUAGUUCAUCUCCCAACAGGUCAUACAAAAUGUUUUGAUAAACAGAGAUAAAUGACAACGCAAUGAUUAUUAAUAUCAGAUUAGACCUAGAAUGGGAAGACAAAUGAUUACCAAAGGUGUCUGUCACUUUAUGGAGAAGGUACAGCACAAGUCCCAACUGAAGAGAAAUUCCUCAUAAAGGGUGAGUUCCUUCAGAUGCUUAUUUUAAGAUUGUACUGAUUGCGGUCUUGUGUUGUUUGUGCCAAACCAAAGAACUUUGCAGAGUCUUUAAAAUACUAUUAAAAAUCAUUCAAGAAUUCAGCCUAUUUACACAAAAAUAGCAAGGUUAUCUCAUGUCCAAAUUGUAAUAUGCAGUUGGCGGGGCAUGUCUCUAAUAUUAUACUUAUCUAGGGAAAAUAGUGCAAAUGGGCAGUGAGUUGGGCCCAGAAUUAAGAAAGAACAAAGUGGGCUAGAUUGAAUUUGGGAAAACGAACAGCACUUUGCUAUUCUUUGAACAGGCUCCUCAUCAAAUAACUCCAGGCAUUUUUUCUGGCUGUCUCCCAUCCCUGGAACUCUAUCCCUCAUCUCCACCUCCUAACUUCCCUGGCUUACAUCUUUAUCGAGAAGCCUUUCUCAGUUCUCCUUCCUUCCCUAGGGAUCAUAUCCAGUUUACCCUCUGGAGUCCCUUUUUCACAUAGCUGUUUGCAGGAAGUCUUCAGGAUUAAACUGACCCACUAGAAAGCAGGAACUGCUUUUUCCUUUCUUUGUAUCCCCAGGGGUUAACACUUUGCCUAACAAAUUGUAUGUGCUUAAUGAAGCUUGUUCACUGACUGACCUUACUACGAAGACUUUUUGGGGAGGAAAUCAAUGUGAAUGGAUAGCAAUCUAUACCUCUGGAAGGAAAUUAUCCAUUUUGAUGAGAUCAUGUAUCCAUGGAAGUAGACCUAGUACCCCUUACUUUUGAGAUUCAUUGUUAAUACUGAACAACGCAACAAAGUUUUGAAAGAUGGACCUCCAAAAGAAGAUUGGGGGAAAAUACAUAUCUUGUGUUAAAUGAUUUAUGCUUAUUGUUUGAUAAAUAUCUAAAACGGGAACAUUUAUUCUGUGAUUGGAACUUAAAAGGUGCUUUGUGAGCCUUUGAAAAACUCAUGGUUUUGUAGUUUCAUUUUUUACUAGGGCCCUCUUUUUUUUCUUAUG